AGAAGAACAAGUCCGCGGCGUGAGGACACGAACCUAAAGAAGAAUUUACAACGACGAGCUCACGACCGCCUUGACGACUCGGCGUCGCAGAGAAGUGACGAAGACGGCGAGGGGGCCGCUGAAAACCGAAGGGGAAUGACCGCGGGUCUUCCUGCGAAAUCUGUCGGACGCGGCAAGGACGUUGUACCUGGUCAACAUGUAGUUCGUGACACUCGACCACCUUCACGAACCAAACCAGAGACCUCGAUCACUCAUUCACGGGCGGACGAACAAAGUUCUUCCCGUUCAUCGUCCUCUUCGGACGGACGCGAUUCCACUUCAUAUAGGCGAAAAAAGAAGCGACCAAAAGGAACAAGCGGCACCAGUACAGCUAAAUGUUCCACAGACCACCGCGACAACCAGGUGGAACAAGAAAGCCAUGAGAAGGUGGAGAGCAAACCACCAAAACCUUCUCCAUUGCGGACGGUGUUGGCGGAGCAGCAAGACGUUACUGCGAAAUUUGGAGCAGGAUCGUCCUCUUCGUCCUCGUCGUCAGAUGAAGCCGGACCGGACAGUAGUUCAUCUUCUUCGCAUAACAGCCAAAACGCGCAUGACGUUGACACCUCGUCCGCCUCGGACAACAGCUCUGAUGAAUCUCCCGCCGGUAGUUCAAAGUCAUCGACGUCCACCUUUGGCACUUGCUCAUCUGCAGAGGACAGCCGUGCACUGCAACCCCGAACAAGAAUAUUUGGGGGGCAUCACCAGCACCGGCGCGAAAAGGAAGGAACUCAAAAAGGACAAAAGCGAAACGAAGUUGUACACACCUUGCAAACUACAUCAAAAGGAAAAAGAAAAAAGCACAAGAAGAAGAACAAAAAUCGUCGGGGAAAUCAAGAACGCGGCAGCAGCAACUCCACCUCGUCUUCGAUGUGUAGUGGGAGCAAAAGUGGCGGCCGGGGGGAAGGUCGUCAACGCGUCAGGAAGAGAAACUACUCGAAUGGUAAAAAUCGCGGCGAAGAAGUUGUAGAUGUAGUAGACUCCAUUGCUGAUGUCAAAUCGAAGAACAAUAAAGAGAAAGUCAAGAGUGGCAAGAUUCACCCUCCCUUCCCCGGAUCAACUAGUACCAUAAAUCCGGACCACACGACAAAGCGACGCAGCGGGACCUGCUCUGAAGACAUCCUGAGCACGACCGCCCCCCGUAUGUCGGAACAAGAUCUUCCAGAGCCCACACCCACCUCCGUUGGGGCCUCAGGCAGCUGCACUACCGGC